GCUUGAUCAACGGUAUCGCAAAACACAGCAGCGACUUGGUACUUAGUCAGUUAUCUUGAUUGGCUAUUGGUCUUUGCGACUAGCCGCGUAACUACUUUAGAUUUAGUGCUCUCGCUUUGGUCCUUACAAAAUCGGUGUUUGCAAUUUAUCGGUAAGUUCUCAUACAAUACGGGCCGUUCUAGCGAAGAUUAUCGUCUGAACGGAUACAUCGCUAACCCGGCGUAUUACUGCACCCCGUAUUUGUUGUACACGCCCACGGCGCCGACGACGGCUAUCGAGCUCCGUAUUAGUCACAACUGUGAAUGGAACAGGGCAUGGUAUCCUGAGGUAUGACUGUUCAGGUUGAUACUAUACUCUUCAUCUCACUUCUAUCGUGAUCUGGCACGUCCACGACCUCCGAAUCGCUUCAUUGUGGUGGACGCUGGUGACCGCCCGGCAUGUUCGACCUCUCUACGCUUCUGCUACUUGCGCCACUGGGCUUGCUUCUGCAGGUCCUCGUCUCGUAUCUCUCGAAUCCGGUUCGCAAGAUUCCUGCUGCCCAUCCGUUGGCGCCGUUCACGAGUCUGUGGAUCUCGUCGAUUCGAUGGCGGAAGAUCGAAAAUGCGACCUUGAAAACUGCGCAUGAUCGCCUGGGACCGAUUAUUUGCCUGGGACCGCAAGAGAUCAGCGUCAAUUGUGUCAAAGGUGGGAUCAGGGACGUGUAUGCGGGAGGGUUUGAGAAGAGGGAUGCAAAGAGUGGGUACAAUUGGUAUGGAUUCUUUACUAACUUUGGAACUCCUAACAUGUUCUCGACUGGAAUGAACAAGCCCCAUUCAUUACGCAAGCGCAUGUUGAGCAACAUCUACAGCAAGUCAGUGGUCGUUGCUUCGCCUGUGCUACAAGCUCAGGUGUCUACGAUACUAUAUCAGAGGCUUCUUCCACGUCUUGCCUCUAUAUAUUCUGGCGCAGGCAAGGGCGUCUUCGAAGUAUCCAGCUUGAUUAGCGCGAGCACCAUGGACAUCGUCACGUCUUACAUUUUCGGCUUGAAAGCAAGCUCGAAUCUUCUCGAUGACCCAGAUCAACUAACAUGGUUUUUGGGUCUGUACAAAUCACGCCACGGGUGGACUUUCUGGCCGCAAGAAUUUCCGUGGCUUACGGGCUUUCUGAGGAAAUGGCUUGGUAUCAGGUUGUCACCAAAGUGGGUCGAUACUGCGAAUGCGGAGAUCGAACAGUGGACAAGAAACAUGUGUGACUGCGCUGCUCUCGUGGUGCAGCAGGGUAGAGCGAAGACGGAAGAAGUACCGUCCGUAUACCAGCAGCUCUCGGCAGCAGUGGCGAAGGAGGCGAAGAAAAACGAUGUAGGCGAAGUGGAUCUGAGAUCUGUAAUAGCAAGUGAGGUGCUCGACCAUCUUGCAGCUGGUUUCGACACGUCUGCUAUUACACUUACCUACGUCGUACACGAGCUUUCCACGCACAAGGAAGUUCAGUCUCGCCUACAGCAGGAACUCCUCAACAUAUCACCCCGGCUGAACACAUCUUCGUCCCCGGAUCUUCCGGACCCAAAGGUUAUGGACGCACUUCCAGUUCUGCAUGCAGUGAUCUGGGAAACUCUGAGGCUCCAUUCAGCAAUUCCAGGCCCUCAACCGCGAUAUACACCACCACAAGGCUGCCAAUUAGGACCCAGUGGAGAGUAUUUCGUGCCAGGGGGGGUCCGAGUCAGCGCGAGCGCUGGUAUCUUGCACCAGAACGAGGACGUGUAUAAUUGUGCCAGCGAAUGGAGACCAGAACGAUGGUUGAACCUUGAGAAGCUCGACGAGGAGAAGCGAAAGGACAUGGAAACUAGGUGGUUCUGGGCUUUCGGCAGUGGUGGACGGAUGUGUGUGGGGUCUCAUUUGGCCGUGUAUCAGAUGAAGUACAUUGUCGCUGCGCUGUACUCGAAUUAUAGCACAAGCGUGGUCAACGAUGCCGGCAUUGAGCAGUCAGACUCGUACACCGCCCCACCCAAGGGCGACAAACUGGUGAUUAAGCUCGAGAAGCUGGAGUCGUAGUCAUCAAAGAUAGAUAGGGUAUCAAUGCAAAAGGUUAUGCAAGGCCGUUGUACCCCGCUAUCAAACAUCAGGAAAGUGGAGGCCCGCGGCGCAGCAACUGAAUGAGUGAUGGUGGAUAUGCACGCU